AUGAGCCUGCUGCCAUUAUCGCUCGACCGGCUGGGAAAGGCCGUGGCAGAGUCCCCCUCAUACGAAGCUCUGUACGAUGUCCUUGGCCAGUACGAGGACGAGGCAUGUCUACAGUUCACGCAGACUCAAAUAACAGGCGACGAGGAUCUUCUGAGCGCUUUCUACUCGUCGUUUUUGAUUUCCCAUCUCCUCACUGAUCAGAUUGCAGAAGCUCGCGCCUUGACGCAUCGCAUGCCCCCAACACUCGUCAAUAAAGACAAGGUAUUGCAGAAUAGUAUUGCCGUGCUACGUGCAGUAUCGCAGAACAAAUAUCACGAAACCUAUCAGCACUUGAGGAGCGAGACAUGGCCGGAGCCGGUAGACGCCUUGGUUCACAAGUACGAUGCCUACUUCACCGAGAAAGCAUUCAGAGAUGUCAGCCGAGUAUACGAAUCCAUCAGACCCGAAGCAGCCGCAGAAUACCUGGGCCUAGAACAAAUGGCACAGAACGGGACUGCAAACAUAUCCAGCUCAAAGCUUGUGCAAGCACUACUUGAGAGAGGCUGGGAGUGGGAUGCUGAAAAGCAGCUAUUCCGUCCACACUUUCCUGAACAGCUGGCGAAUGCCAGCAAUGGAAUAAAUUCGAAUACGAUCAACCACAUCGUGGGCCUGGCAAGCAAUCACGGAAGCUGA